GAUGGGCGUACUGAGCUGUGCAGUGAAAGCAGAUACCCUUACGUGUUUCAUUGUAGCAAAACAAAACCAUGUUCCCUCCUGGUUUUGCCACAGCUUGUUGCUGGUUUCUCCGCGGCACCUUUCCUGGAGCUCAGCCGGGUUUUUUUUCUCCCUGCGCGCGGUGACCAGCGGGUUGGACGAUGGUAUUGCGGCGUUUUAAUGGGAAAAAAGCUCAUGACAGAAUAACAACACACGGCAGUGCACCGCUACUAGCUCCACAUAUCAGUGUUUGUUUGUUUCAUCCGGAUGUGGGUCUUUGUGUGUGAUCUCUCUCCUACGCACGGGGCACUCGGACAACGCAGGUACUUUGGGAGAAUUGGGUAAAAUGCACCUGCCGUGAGGCGAGGACCAACCGGAGCACAUGGACAUCUGUUCCCUGGACCUCAAAUCGGAAAGUCACAACUGAGUAUUUCUGUCAAACCUUUGUUGCAACGCCGCCAUGGAGCCUGCACAGUUUUUAAUCUACAUCGGUUUAAUAUUUACUCGUCGUAGCGGGGCUUCAAACCCGCCCGAGUAUGAGGAUGACAGCUGAUCGCCCCUCCUCUCCCGGGACUUCAGUAAAAAACGCGCUCCAUCUGAAUCCGCUGCCCUCGAUUGGAAGCCACAGUCUCAGUUUCAGCCGUGUUUAACAAUAGAUGGAGCGCAGAGGGCUGUGACAUUUGUUUGAUUACCACCCCUUAACCUUUCCCCUGAUCAGGUUACUUGCCACUCACUGCUAUAUAUUUCUCUGAAGGCCCUUUUAUUUCGUUUGUACUCAUUUUGGAAAGAUUGAUUCAUCCGUCUGUUGUGCAGGAAAACUGUCUUUCUGCAGGAGGUGUUCAGUGUUGCAGCUCUGUGGAGAUGUCCGAUCACCUUUCCACAUGGAAACUACAUUUCUCUUCUUGCUCUUUGACACUUUGCGUUAAACCCACGUCGGAGGAUGAUCCUUGAGUAGCCGAUAAAAUAAUCAGCGUCGGGGUGUGCAAAGGCUUGAGCUACAGGGGAUUUAUGUAGAUUAUCGCCGGACUGCUAUUUUGUUCCCCCGGUCACACUCUUAACUGAACUUAGCGGCUUUUGAUCUGCAGCCUUUUCCCUGCUAACCCCAGCCGCCUGAAGAAAAAAAAAAAACUCCAGCAGGAGAAGCCUGUUUAUAAGCCACGCUAUUCAUAGGGAAAGGGAGAAACCGGCUUGCAUUCAUAAGCAAUGACUGCCAGAGAGGUGUUUGGACCCAGAUCUGAGGAUACGACGAGUUUGGCACCGCUGUCACCCCGUGGAUCCGCGGGAAUGAGACGCGCUUCGAGGCUGUAGUUCACACACCCUGUUUACACGCAGGCUGCCAGGCUGAGAUGCCGUCGCUGUGACCAGGGUUGAGGGGGGGAGGAGGUAGCCCGUCAGUGUACAGCCGAGGACAGCCAGAAAUAAAACACAGCAGCGCCGAACAACCACCUUCCGGACCCGUUUUGACUAUCUACCGGGCGGCUACCGGAGGAUGUUUGAGCCAGGAUGCUGCGCUUCCCCGUGAAGAAGAUCCGGAAGCAGUUCAAGCUCCUGCUGCUGCUGGUACUGCUCACCUCCGCCGUGUGGUUCACCUACCUGCACAUCAACCAGGGCAAGACCAUCAAACUCCACUUCAACUACGGGAAAGAUGGAGAGAGACAGACGGAGGGGACGGACGCCAGCCGUAAGAGGGACACUCGCUCCUCAGCCGGCCACCACAAGAGUGAGGACACCAGCGACAGCAGGGAGGACGAGGCGGCAGAUGAUGAGCCAAUCACAGGAGGGGCCAAUGGCAGAGACAAUACCCACGUCCGGAAGUUCCUCAGCCAGCGCCACAAGAAAUUUCCAUGGAAACCAGAGUAUAAGGGCCAGGCCAACCUGCAUGUGUUCGAGGACUGGUGCGGCUCCUCCAUAGCCCAGCUCAGAAAGAACCUGCACUUCCCUCUCUACCCUCAUACCAGAACCACAGUGAAGAAGCUGGCAGUAGCUCCGAAGUGGAAGAACUAUGGCCUGAGAAUAUUUGGCUUCCUUCAUCCUUACAGAGAUGGUGAUUUCCAGUUCUCGGUAUCGUCUGAUGAUAACUCUGAGCUGUGGCUGAGUCCUGAUGAAAGCCCUCUCAACGCCAGACUGCUAGUCUAUGUAGGACAGCUGGGUACAGAGUGGACCGCUCCAGGCGAGUUCAGCAAGUUCAGGUCCCAGUCCUCCAAGUCUGUGCACCUGAUCUCAUCCAGACGAUACUACUUCGAGAUCCUCCACAAGCAGGAUGACAAGGGCUCGGAUCACGUGGAGGUUGGGUGGCGUCCAUUCCUCCCCGGUCUGAAAUAUGAAGUGAUAGACUCAGCCUACAUCUCCCUGUACACAGAUGAGUCCAGUUUGAAGAUGAACAGUGUUGACCACAUCCCCCAGACCUUGGCUAGUCACAUCCGUCUCCCUGAGGAGUCUCAGCCCCAGGGUGUGGAAGGAGGCAGCAGCAUCAUGCAGCACGGAGCGGAUAUGCUGAAGCCGGACCCCAGGGACACCUUCUACAGCAGUAAACCUGCCGCUCCUAUGAUCGACCCCUCCCGCCUGGAAAACGUUCUGCCGGCCUGUCUCUACUCGCCAACCUACGUGGUCAAAGAUUUUCCCAUCGCUAGAUAUCAGGGCCUGCAGUUUGUUUAUCUAUCCUUUGUCUACCCCAAUGACUUCACACGUCUCACCCACAUGGAGCGAGAGAACAAGUGUUUCUACAGAGAGUCUCCUAUCUACCUAGAAAAAUUUGGCUUCUACAAAUAUAUGAAGAUGGAUGAGGAGGAAGAUGACAGACCGUUCUUCUUCCCCAAUCCAGAUGAUUUCCUAGAGGAAGAGGAGGUGGUCGAAGGUGAGGACGAGGCAGAGAUCGUUGGCACACAGUCGCCCAAGAAGCCCUCUCAUCCCAGCCUGACCAGCCACACCUCCAACCCCUCCCAUCAGCACUCAAAGCCCGGGCCCACACCGGCCGGCAGAGAGGGGGAGGAAGAGGAGGUGGACCCCGAUGAUGAUGAGGAGGGAGCAGUCAACAAUCAUAUCAUCCGCCGCAGAGAAAGGAGACACUUUCUGCACAGAGAUGGACAGAUGGGUAGGGAAUCGGACAGAGACUGGGGACGAGAUCACACAAGAGGGAGCAUUAGACAGGAUUCAAGAAAGGGACUCGACGAGCCUCAACCCAGGCUGCCUGAGCCUGAUACUGACAAUGUGGUCCGGGGCCGCUCCCUGUCCUGGAUCCACACUGGUCCUGUAGAGCAGGGCCCUGGCAGGAAAGGAGGAGGAGCAGGUGGUGGAGGAGGAAGAGGAGGAGGAGGAGGAGGAGGAGAGAAAGGAGCUGAGACUCCGCCUAAACUGAGCAAGUCUUCGCUCCUUUUCCCCCAAAAGUCCUCCCUCUCUGCCCUUGCCAGCCGUGCCAAGCAGAUCCUCAGCAACUCCGCCCACAGCAACAAUCCCUACGACAAGAACAACAACGCCCACAACAACAAGCUGGCUGGAAACAGGAAGGAGGAGAACAAGAUCUACAUCACCAGGCCUCGGCCCGCCAGGGAGAGGGAGAGGGAGAGGGAGCAGCGUCGAGAGAGGAGGGAGGAGAGGGCGUCUCGCCACCCCAGGGAGGUGUUCCCGGGAGUCUUUUUGUACCAAACUGGGAAGACCACAAGGCUGGUCAACCUGGGUGCCAAAGGACAUGCCGGGGGAGGGGUUACAGGAGGUAGGAGCCUUGUUAGUGCCCCUCAGCUCUGGCCCAACCCCCCCACAAAAGGGGGUAAGACAUCUCCUCACAAUGGAAGCAUCAACAUACAGAAUGAAAGUGUACAGAAGACUGUCAGGAGAUCAGCAGUGGCAAAACAACCAGAGAAAAGCAAGAGGAAAGGGGAGCAUCAGGAUUUAAAGACGACUGUCACGGCUGAUCUACCCAGCAAAGAAGGCCCACUAACUCCCAUAUCCCAUCACCAAGAUCCCCCUCCCCCUCUAGUUACCAUGCCAAGGUUAAACUCCACAGAAAACAUGCUCCAAGGUCAAUCGAGGGUCACCUCUUACCUCAAGAUCUCAGAGAUCACUGAGUCCCAGCAGCAGCCAGACCCGGACCCGGACCCCAACCCGGGGGAACUCGAAGAUACAAACCACUCUAAUCCAGACCCCGACCCGGAUCCCGAGCCGGAGCCAGAGGAGGGCGAGAUGUCGGACUACAGCUACGAGGAGGUGGAGGCUCGGCCAGGCUGGGCGGAGGAGAGCAUCAACUGGCAGAGGACCUUCUCAGUCAAUCCGAUGGACUUUGAGCUUCUGCGCUCUGACUGGAACGACCUGCGCUGCAAUGUGUCCGGCAACCUCCAGCUGGCAGAGAGCGAGGUGGUGGACGUGCUGGCGCAGUACAUGGAGAAACUCAACGAACGCAACGGAGGGAUCUACACCCUGCUGCGGAUUAUCAACGUGGAGAAGCGACGGGACUCGGCCAGAGGGAAUCGCUACCUGGUGGAGCUGGAGCUGAUGGAGAGGGGCCGCAGCGUGGUGCGUCUGUCAGAAUACAUUUACCUGCUGCUGCACCGCGGCAGGCAAGGGGAGGAAAGCCUAGAGAACACCGACUCUGCCCCGGCCUCGGCACCAGCUUCAGCCCCCUCCCCUGCUACAUCCAGCCUCGCCACCCCGCCGCCCCUUCCCUCCACCAAGUCCCCCGCCCGGCCCGGAGCGACGCCGUGGAGCACCGCCUAUGCUAAGCCUCUGCUCUGCCAGCCGGUCAUGCUGCAGUGGAGGAGAGAUGUCAUGGUGCACUUUGUGGUGCCGGUGAAGAACCAGGCUCGGUGGGUACAGCAGUUUAUCUCUGACAUGGAGAAUCUUCACCGCCAGACCAAGGAUGACAAUUUCAGCAUCAUCAUCGUCGACUUUGAGAGCGAAGACAUGGACGUGGAGCAGGCGCUCAGAGACAGCAGUGUGCCAAGAUACGAGUAUCUUAGGAGAGAGGGGAACUUUGAGCGCUCAGCGGGACUGCAGAUCGGAGUGGACACCAUUGAGGACAGUCACAGCAUCGUGUUCCUGUGUGAUCUGCACAUCCACUUCCCUCUCAACAUCUUGGAAAGCAUCAGGAAGCACUGUGUCGAGGGACGCCUUGCUUUUGCUCCCAUAGUCAUGAGACUCAGCUGUGGCAGUUCACCACGAGAGCCUGAUGGUUACUGGGAGGUAAAUGGCUUUGGCCUGUUCGGAAUCUACAAGACAGACUUUGAUAAGAUUGGAGGGAUGAACACAGAGGAAUUCAAAGACCGCUGGGGUGGAGAGGACUGGGAGCUGCUGGACAGGGUGUUGCAGAAUGGUUUGGAGGUUGAGCGACUACGCUUGAGACACUUCUUUCACUACUACCACUCCAAACGAGGCAUGUGGAACGCCCAAAACAAGAAAACUCCUAAGGGAUAGCGUUCCCUGCUGGUCGGAGGAUCCUGAAAACCUACCUGCAGAUCCACUGUGUGAGAGAGAGAGACCUCUGGUAGCUCGCUCCACUGCCUGAACUCUGCCUUUUCUUGAAGCCAGGCUCCUUUUCGGGGAUGCCUCUGUUUCGCCAGCGGCCCCUCUUGUAUGCUUGUCUGUAUGAGGAAACGGAGUCCAAAUGUGAACUUUGGAAGCGAGCUGUUUAUGCAGACAGAUCUGAGUCAUCACUUUGCCUCACUGACUGAACUACUGUACAGAGAGAAGAGAGUUAUUUUUGUUCUCCUUCUCUCUGCCCUUUUUUUGGCGCAAUGUUUUCAGACAGACUGGAAAGCAGCUGUUUUCGUGUGUGUGUUUGUGGGUAUGUGUGAGUAUGUGCUGUAUAUAUACAAGUGUGUGUGGGUGUGUUGCCGCUUGCGUGUGCUUAUGAUGACAGGAAGCACCUUUUUCUAACAAGGAGAUGAGAAGACAACCUAAGAUCUUUUUUUCUAACACGCUCUCACAUGGGAGCCUUAUAGAAUGUGUGACAACAUGUUAUUCCGAUAGAUUCAGACAUGGUGGCGUAGCUCGAGUAGAGGAACUAUGGUUUUGGUAAACACUAUUUCUAAAUACAUCAACUACUACCUGUUGAAUAUCAUUAACCAGUAUGACCGAGGUGCUGACGUUUUCCCGAUAUUUGAUAUAAUGAAACAAAAAGUUUCCUAAUCAGAGAAGCCCUUUUCCAAACAGACACUGACAGAUGCAUCAUCUUUACAUCUCUUCUGUCCCUCUCUCUUUUAUCUUCAAUUCAUCUUCAGCGUCACGGUAAUCUGUGUAUUUGUAUCUCUUGAAACGUUAUAUAGAGCCCUGCUGCUGUUUUGUAAUAUCAGUUUUACAUCCAGAUUACUGCUAGCUAUCGGUUAUGACUUGAUUCAUUUUGUUUCAUUAUCUGAAAUUUGUUUUGCUGUUAGUUAUUUAAAAGGGGUUUUCAUUUGUACGGACACUCUAAUAUUUGGGGGUGCUAUUUUCUGUUUUAAAACACUGAAUUUGUGAAUGGUUUACACUUUUAAACUCUACUGACGGUAUCCUUCAUUCCCUCCACAUCUCUAACCUCAUUGUCAACUGGAACGUGACACUGUAACAGGAGGGGAGCUGAGGACUACGACAGCUUUCUGACAUUUGAUUUGAAGUUGUCACACCAUUGUUUUUUAAGCAUUUUCUGAGCUGAGAAUUGCAUUUCAUAUAUUAAAUUUGGGGGAUUAAAACUUUAUCUCUCAUAUUAAAAAAUACCACGAGACAGGUUAAUGCUUCGCUGUUGAAAACGUCGACACUCUUCUUUUUAGCUUGUAUAAAGCUCCGGCAGGAGGGGAGAGCAGUUCAUGUGUCAGACACGAUGUGGCAAGGCAUGGCUGUUUCACAAAUGUGUGCCUUUAUCAGGGUUUGGCUGCAGGCAGUUUUUAAACUACUCUAAUGACAGAAGAGGGCAGGGACAGACAGAAGUACAAUGUUAUUUAUCAGCAGGCUGUAAUGUCACUGUAAAUUCAGAUACACUGUAAAAGAAGGAAAUAUGGUUCUCUUAAACAGAUUACAGAUGUGUCAGUCUGUUUGUUAUAUUACCUUAGAAGCAAGGAGUGUACUUUGCAAGCCAGUUGCCUCCGUUGGUGAGAUAGACAGAGAUGGUAUAAAUGACUACUGAGAGGGAACAGGAGGUGUCAUGGAGACUCACUGGCAGCUGCUGUCAAGCGGGACCCCACCUGCUCCCAUUAGUUUGGCUGGAGGCCGGGCUGCUAAUGCCUCUGUUUAUGCAACAUGGUACUUAUAUUGACGGGGAACGGCUGGAGGGCUCAAGACUGGACAUAUAUAUGGAUGAAAGCUAAUGAUCUGUUAUUGACUAUGCGAUUGUCAAAAAAUGCCCUCCAAGACCCUCUCUUUGCCUCUACAGGAAAAAAAAGGUCUAUUCUGUACGUCAUUUAACAUUGACAUGGGAUUAUUUAAAGAACAAAAGAAACACAUUAAAUAUAAGAAUAUAUAUAUAAGAAACAUAAAAAUGAAAAAUAGGAAUAUACAUUCCAAGGUAAUUUCUGUGAAAUUGUUUUGUAGAGAAAAGGUUUUAAGAAUGUAUUGUACUUUUAUUUUGAUUUGUUGGGUUUUUGCAAAUAAAAUUUUAUGCUUACGUCCA